GAAUCGAAGUCAAGUGAAAUUAUCAAAAAAGUCCGUAGUGGUUCCAAAGACAUCAGUCAGGAUCUCCUAGAACUAGCCAAAGAUCUGAAAACGCAGUCCGAAACAAAAGUGGAUUCAGUUGUGAAAGGAGUCGAAAAAGCUGUCGACAAGGUCACAGAUAAAAUCGAAGAAGCCGCCAAAAAAGUAGACCAGACCCACGCUGAAGCGGCUGAUUUGGCCUCCCGAUUAGGUUCUUCCCUCUCCAACACUUUGUCCAAAGCCGCAGAGGUGAUGGAAAAGAGUCAAGAACUCCUUGGAAGUAAAGAAAAGCCGCAUGAAGAGCAAAAGAAAGUGACUGCUUAA